AUGCACAAGUACCAGCCGAGGUUUCACCUGGUGCGCGCCAACGACAUCCUCAAGCUGCCCUACUCCACCUUCAGGACGUACGUCUUCAAGGAGACAGAGUUCAUAGCGGUCACGGCGUACCAAAACGAGAAGAUAACGCAGCUGAAGAUAGACAACAACCCGUUCGCCAAAGGAUUCCGGGAUACGGGCGCCGGGAAAAGGGAGAAGAAUUUGUCCGUGUACCGCAGGCAAGCGUUGCUGACGGCGCGUUCCGACGCGCGCGAUGAUGACGACGAAAGGCCGCUUGACGUAGGUGGCCCCUCCAGCCCCCCGCCGCCGCCUCCCUCCACGCAGCACACCUCCAGCUCAUGGUUCAGCUCGGGUGGCGGCGGCGAUUCGGGCGCCGAGGAGGCCGGUUCCGACUCCUCAUGCUCUGGGGGCAACCGGGCGUCCUCACCACCCGCGGGCCCCUCACGCCCCUCGCCGGCGCCCGACGUCUCACUCGGGCCGCCAGUGCAGCCGCCGCUGCUCCCCUACCUCUACCCGCCAUCGUUGUACCCGCCCCCCUUCUUCCCUCCGCACCAAAUGCCGCCGGGCUUGCUGUUCAACCUGCACCCGCUGCUGCAGCAGUACUCGCUGCCGCCGCCUCCAGCGCCCCCUGCUCCCGCGCCGGCGCCCUCGCUCAGCAAGGCGCACAGGUUCGCCCCCUACGCUCUACCGGGGCUGGGCUCGGCGUUCGAGCAGGUGGCGCCGCGCGCGAGGAGCCUCAGCUCGUCGCCGGCGAGGCCCCGCGCGGGCUCGCCCCCCGCCCGCGCCGCCUCCGCCGACCCGCCCCCCGACGCGCCCACGUCCACGACCACGUCGACGGCCGCCACGCCCCCCGCCUCCGACCUCAAGAGCAUCGAGCGAAUGGUCAACGGCCUGGACGUAGAGACCCAGGAC